UGAGGCCGCUUGGGCUGUGGACCGGCUGCAGCCGAGCGUCUUCGCUUCUGCUGGGCAUCACCGGGAGACGUGAUCGGCGCCAUAAGUGAGGGUUGCUGGCUCGGAGUGUGAGUCCUAGCCGUUACGUAACAAAGGCGCUGCGGCGCGCGGGGUAAGGAGAGGGAAAGGGAGGCACCGUAGCGCGCUGCCUCGGGCCCGCGGCGAGAAGGGCGGUGGUGUCGGUGGGCGUGACAGGACCUGGGUGUGGAACCCGACUCUGAGCGGUUGUGGGGCCGGGACCAGUACGUGAUGGCGUUUGCCCGAAUUGGAUGCAGAACCUCUUUUGUGCAAGCGAAGUUGGUGUGGCCGAGGAGAGUAUGACUGUGACCCCAGUGACAACUGCUGUGUAGCCACACCCAACCCAGAGUAGUGAAAUGGCCCCCCAGGCAUCAUCUGAGCGCCAGGGGAAGACUCCCAACGAAAAGGCGCUAACCUGAUCUUGGGAUAGGAACGUGAGAAGUGAACGAGUCCGCCAGGACCGGCUCCCGGGGGACUCCCACCGUACCGCGUCCCUCUGCGCGCGGACGUACUCAGGCCUCGGCGGUCCCAUCACAUUGCUUACACAGAGACCUUCACAGGACUAGAUAAUCUUCAGAGGACAUUUCCAAGAUUUUCCAGAAUUUAGGAGACAGUUGAAGAUUCCCAGCAAGGUCACACUGGGGGCUCUCUACCACUCAUGUAGAGAGACACAUCACUUCUAUGACUUCUAGCAGUUCUGACCUCUGUAGACUCUGCUUCUCCUGGCAAACAAAACCCAAGGAGGGCUGACCAGUUCUUGAAUUACUAAACCAUGGCCAGGGGAUCAUUGAUGUUCAGUGACGUAUCCAUAGUCUUCUCUCAGGAAGAAUGGGAAUACUUGGACUUGGAACAGAGAGACUUAUACAGAGAUGUGAUGCUGGAAAACUAUAGCAACUUGGUCUCACUAGCAGGAUGCUUCAUUUCUAAACCAGAUGUGAUUUCCUUAUUGGAGCAAGGAAAAGAGCCCUGGAAAGUUAUGAGGAAAGGAAAAAGACAAUAUUUGGAUUUGGAGACUAGAUGUGAAACCAAGAAGUUAUCUUCAGAAAAAGACAUUUUUGAAAUAAAUUUAUCCCAGUGGAAACUAAUGGAAAGAAUUAAAAACCAUGGCCUUAAGGGCCUCAUUUUAAAAAAUGAUUGUGAAUCCAAAAGAAAAUUUGAAGGACAAGAGGGACAUCAAGAGGGAUACUUCAGUCAAGUGAAACUCACAUCUGAAAAAGUGUCCUCUUAUCAGAAACACACAUCUGUUACUCCACGUGAGAGAAUUCACUUUGUUGAGAAACCUUAUGAAUGUAAAGAAUGUGGAAAGGCUUUUAAAGUGCGCCAGCAACUUACUUUUCAUCACAGAAUUCAUACUGGUGAAAAACCCUAUGAAUGUAAGGAAUGUGGGAUGACCUUUAGACAAACUGCACACCUUACUCGACAUCAGAGACUUCAUUCUGGAGAAAAACUCUAUGAGUGCAAGGAUUGUGGGGAAGCUUUCAUAUGUGGCCCAGAUCUUCGAGUACAUCAGAAAAUUCAUAUUGGUGAGAAGCCCUAUGAAUGUAAAGAAUGUGGGAAAGCCUUCAGAGUUCGAGGACAACUUACUCUCCAUCAGAGGAUUCAUACUGGUGAGAAACCCUAUGUAUGUAAAGAAUGUGGAAAGGCCUUUAGACAGUAUGCACACCUUACUCGACAUCAAAAGCUUAAUAUUGCUGACAGACUGUAUGAAUGUAAAGAAUGUGGGAAGGACUUCUUGUGUGGUUCUGGACUUAGAGUACAUCAUAAACUUCAUACUGGUGAGAAACCUUAUGAAUGUAAGGAAUGUGGGAAGGCUUUUAGAGUACGACAGCAACUAACCCUCCAUCAGAGAAUUCAUACUGGUGAGAAACCCUAUGAGUGUAAGGAAUGUGGAAAAACCUUUAGUCGUGGUUAUCAUCUUAUUCUCCAUCACAGAAUUCAUACUGGUGAGAAACCUUAUGAAUGUAAGGAGUGCUGGAAGGCCUUUAGUCGUUACUCACAACUUAUUUCACAUCAGAGUAUUCAUAUUGGUGUUAAACCCUAUGACUGUAAGGAAUGUGGAAAAGCCUUUAGACUACUCUCACAACUUACACAACAUCAGAGUAUUCACAUUGGUGAGAAACCCUAUAAAUGUAAGGAAUGUGGGAAAGCCUUUAGGUUGCGCCAAAAACUUACACUACAUCAAAGCAUUCACACUGGUGAAAAACCCUUUGAGUGUAAGGAAUGUAGGAAGGCCUUUAGACUUAAUUCAUCUCUUAUUCAACAUUUGAGAAUUCAUUCUGGUGAGAAACCCUAUGAAUGUAAAGAAUGUAAGAAGGCCUUUAGACAACAUUCACACCUUACCCAUCAUCUGAAAAUUCAUAAUGUAAAAAUGUGAGAAAGUCUAAUCAAUCCUAUGUCGUAGAACAUUCUAUGAAUGUAAUAAUCUCUUUUGCUUUUAUACAUGUAACUGACUUGGGGUAAGAGGUUUUAUACCAUUAAAAGGAUUUGUUGAUGUGUUCUACCAUCACUUCAGCACAUUCUUUCUAACUGAUCCUAUUAAUGUAACAAUGUGGGAAUGAUAGUUACCUCUAUCCCAUCACUUUUUUCUUUGUAUUAUAUUGAACAAGAUACAACUGCUCUGUGCAGUAAUUUCUUCCUUUGUAAAAUGAUGGUAUAAAACUGUAGCAAAGAUGACUGUAAAUCUUUGACAUUCUUUCCAUUAAAAGAUGGAAUCCACAUUCUCUCCCUUGAAUAUGGGCAGAAUCUGUGACUGCUUUGUCCAGUAGAACAUAGUAGUACUUCUGUGCCAGUUUUUGGGUCCUUGCUUUAACUGGUAAGUUUACUUCAUCUCUUAAAACUCUCUCAACCUCUGAACUGUCAUAUAACAAAGUCAGCUAUUUUGCUGAAGAGAUAACAGGGAAAGGCACCCUGCUGAACCCAGUCUUCCAGACAUGCCCAUUAAGACACCAGACAUUCAAGUGAAAUACUUUUUGACCCUCUAGACCAGCUACCAGCUGAACACCAUUGAGUGAUCUCAACUGACACCAUGUAGAACAGAGACUCAACCAACUAAGUUCCUGCCCAAGCUCCUGAUGCACACAAUUAUAGAAGAAUAAAAAAAAGAUUGUUGUUUUAAGCCACUAUAUUUUGUUUUACUAUCAUUCUUAAUAUUACUCUUUUGAGAAUUCACUUGAAAGACUACGUUCUAUGGUUAAGCACCCUGGGUUCAAUAAAAAAAAAAAAAAGAUGAUAGAUGUAAUGAAUAUAAAAACACCUUUUACCAAAAUU